UAUGACGCUGUGGUUCACUUCACUUCCUGUAAAAAAUUAUGCUCAACAGAAACAGCUACAUGUAGAAGACAGACAAAACCCCCUUACACUAGUUCAGAAGAGAGAGAAAAUGGAUGACUUCUUAAUCACCUCAUGAAGACUUUUUCCUAAUGAAUGAGAUGGCGUUGUAGGCUUGAGGCACGGUAACAGCCAGAGGAGCUGCCAUGGACGCCCUGGCAAUCACUGGAAUACAGCUCUCCCAAGUGAAACACUUUGACCAAAUAGUGGACAUUAGAGCAGAAAAGCGUGAACACCUGCGAGGACGUAACAACGUGACAUCAUGUCGCAGCCCUACAAGAGAGUUUGACACAAGACUGAUAAAGAAUAAACUGAAGGAAAAGAGGCAUCUUGAGUUUCUGAGGAGGAGAUCAGUGAGCCCAGAGCCGUGUGGUUUGAAUACUACAAACUUUUUUUCCAGGGGAAAACUUUCACCAAAGACCUUUUCAAUGAAACAUCACAGUGCAAUCAGCAAGUCAGAAGCAUUGCAUACAAAUAUUCAAAAUACUCCCACCACUAACGGGAGGCAUCCAAUGAUGAUUUUAACACCAAACAGCAGCAUAAGUGAUGGUUCAAGCACCAGCAACUGGGCUUCAUUAUGGUCAGAACAGACAACACUGAUGAGACAAGAGAAAGACCUUGCAAGAAAGCAAGCAUCUACAUCCACACAAGCGAUAAAAGAAUCAAACCAGCACAGGCUAAAAAGCUCGGAUAAAAGAGAGAAUAGUAUGAAUGCUCAAAAAACAAGCAUCAAAACAUUUGUCCAAACAGAAAAGAUUCACCAAAAACUCUCCAUUCAAACUGAAAAUAUUCUCCAAAGAAAGAUACUGCAAGAGACCAGUGUGCAGACAGAGUCUGGUCUUGUCACUGUAAAGGAGUCAGAUCUUCAGAAGUUAACUGACUACUUGCAGGAGGCCCUGUGGAGAGAGGAGGCCGUGAAGAAGAAGCUGGCAGCCCUCCAGGAGAGCACAUCAAACCUCGUGAACUCCUCCAACAAAAUAUGGAUGGCCCGCUGCAGUGAAGACCUGCUGAGAAACAAGAUCAAGGCUCUGGAGGCACAGCUGCAAGUCUACCUGCAGAAGUUUCCCAAAGAUGGAGUGAAGAAGCUGGUGAUACAGAUGGAGAAGCAGAAACUGGUGUAUGAGGAGAGGACCCUGGUCGCCCUGCAGAAGGUCACACAGGAGAAAACUGAAGCGCUCAGCAAAGCUGCGACAAUGCAGGAAGCGCUAAUUACAGCAAAGGCAGAAGCACAGAGGUGGCAGAGCCUUUGUGAGCAGCUGAAACUGACCUCUGGACAGCUUAGGGAGAACCAACACCUCAAUAAUGACCAGCUGCAACAGUUGCACAGCCAAGUGGAGCUGUCCAGAGGCAGAGAGGCCGAGCUGAGGGAGGAGGUGGUUUCGUUGAGACAAGAGAAGAAGGAGCUACUAUACAACAUUUGUGUUCUGAAAGAGGACAACUACAUUUUAAGAGAGGAAAUCCAGAACCUCAGAGAUUGCAAUGAGAGCCAGGACUUGAUGAUGCAGGGGCGUCUGACAUCAGAGGAUGCAGAGUCACAACUGACGGCAAGGAGGAACUCUCAGGUGGAGGAGCAGCUCCGUCACACUCAGGAGAAACUCCAACUCAAAGAGAGAGAGUGCAAGGAGCUGCAGACGGAGCUGCAUGCCAUGGAGCAGGAGUGUCAGUCCAGCCGCCGGCUGUCGCAGUGCAGGGACGAGCUCCGGCAACUCAGCCACCGCCGCAAAGACCGGUGCUGUUGUGGCUCCUGGUGGAAGAUGUGUGUGUUCUUCCUUCUUCUCCUUGCUGUGGCAGGGGUUGCCAUGUUGUGGCUGUGGCAUCCUCCUUUCAGGGAGCAAGUUGAGGACCUGUACUCAGACAUAGAAACACGCAUUGAAGACUAUCUCAUGGACAUGGCCUCUCCUCAACACUCAGGAUGUUUUAGACCGAUAUGAUAAUGUCACUGCCAGGAACAUCAUUUUUCUUGUUUUGUAGCUUUUCUAGGAUGUAGUUUGUUGAUAUUUUUGUAUUUCAUUCAAUUUGUAUUUCACUCAAAGUGUGUGUGAAAAUGUUGUGUUGACAUGUGUAGGAUGUUUGCAGAAAGAAACUGAAAUCAAAUAAAAUGCCACUGGUUAGAUUCUGGAGUUAAUGGUGUAUUGGGUUAAGUUUAAUGGAAAAUAUGUGAGAGCUCCACAGUGAAGACAUUGUUAAGAAGGGACUUUACUUAUGUUGGUCAGAAUGGACAGUUUCUUGGUUUUAUCCUUGUGCAUCAUAAACAAAUCAUCAUUCACCGACCAACAUUUACUCCCCUUUGGAUAAGAUCUCAUCCUACUUACAGAGACUUAAAGUUCCCAUGUACCACUUGACUCAUCCAUACUUACCUAAAUUCUGUAUUAGUCCUACACUGUCUUAAAAAUUCCUAACUUUUUCAUAUCAAUAUAGUGUAAUUUAUAAAAGUAAAAAUGUGUUUAAGAGAAGCU